CCUCACUAGGAUAUCUCUCUACUAUUAUUUACUUCUAGCCAACAGGGGCGUUUAGAUUGACGCAAAACGGUAUGGAUGAUACAACUCAGCGUCCCUCGUCUACCUUCCAAGACUCGCUCACUUCCGCGGGCACUUUUGUCCCGCCCAAUAUAAAUCGCACCAAGUUGUAUGCGGGAGAUUCCUACUCCUACUACUCGCAAUGUCCUCUUGCAAUUACAGCCCUCCAACAAAAUGCAAAUACUGUCGAAGUCGAUCCAACAACCAUAAAUAUUUCCAGAUCGAAAGAAACCCAUCCGGAGAGCUAUCUAGUUCUAGGCGUUGACGAGGCAGGCCGUGGCCCAGUCUUAGGUCCCAUGGUAUACAGCGCUUUCUACUUGCCUCAUGACCUUCACCACUCCCUUCUUGCGCGCGAUUACAGCUUCAACGACAGCAAGGUUCUAACACCUGGUGUCCGCGCCAAUCUGAUGCGAUUGCUUUGCACUCCUGGGACUCCACUGUUCGAAUCGUGUGGGUGGGCGACUAAACUUUUAUCUGCAAGAGAUAUCUCAUCAGGCAUGAUGCGUCCUAGUGUAGGAGUCUAUAACUUAAACGCGCAAGCGAUGGACGCUACUGUGGAGCUCAUUCGAGGGAUUGUCGAGGAACGCAAAGUCGACAUUAGAGAGGUGUUUAUUGAUACAAUAGGGAACCCGGCCACCUACCAGCAAAAGCUUGAGCGGAUUUUUCCGUCACUGAAGAUUACAGUGGCUAAAAAGGCCGACUCGCUGUAUCCUUGUGUCAGCGCUGCGAGUGUUGCUGCCAAAGUGACCCGAGAUAUAGCCUUGGAACUCUGUCAGGAGGAUGUAUUAGAGGCCCAACGAUCCGACACCCAUUCGCAAGCGACUAAUACCAACAGGUGGGGCAGCGGUUAUCCCUCAGAUUCGAAGUGUGUUAGCUGGCUCCGAAGGAACAUGGAUCCCAUAUUCGGAUGGGGUAAUGAAUGCCGGUUCAGUUGGGGUACGGCAAAAGAAGUGCUUGAGAUGAAGUCGGGGGUGAAGGUGGACUGGCCACUAGAUCAAGAAAACGCGCAACUUCGAGAAUUCUUUUUGACAUCUGAGACUACCAUUGGGGCCAAUCAAGAGUUGCGAGAUUGGUUUGGUCAAAAAACGGCAGAGGUUCUUUAAGCAGAGAUAUUAAACUCUAUAUUGAAAACGUGAUAGCGACUCGUGAUACCCCCCAGCAUGUACAAUUAUCAAAUCCUACCUCUGCAACUGGAUAGUGUAAACUGAAAGGCAUUCGGAUAGAAAACUAGGAUAUGAGGAGAAAGGGGAUUAUUAACAUAAAACAAACCAAACCGAAAAAUAAAGAAAAAAGGCCAGGAUUCCAUUGGGUAUCUAAAUCAGUUCACACUUUGAAACAUACUAGCUCCAGGACGAGUUAGCGGAGGAGUUGGUGUACAAGUAGGUGCUAGGUUGAGGAAAGAAGGAAUUAAAUGCUCCAUCUCACAAAGUCGCUGUUGCAAAGUAGUAAUUGUCC